CAGGAAGCUGUUCGUUGGGAUGCUAAACAAACAGCAGACGGAGGAGGACGUGUACCGUCUUUUCGAGCCCUAUGGAGUCAUCGAGGAGUGCACUGUGCUACGAGGUCCGGAUGGAAAUAGUAAAGGCUGCGCCUUUGUAAAGUUCUCCACACACGCCGAAGCUCAGUCCGCAAUCAGCGCCCUGCACGGCAGUCAAACCAUGCCAACUGGCUCCGAUUCUCUCCUCCCUCAGGGUGCGUCGUCCAGCCUGGUGGUCAAGUUUGCCGACACGGACAAGGAGCGCACCAUCCGCCGCAUGCAGCAGAUGGUGGGCCAGUUUGGCAUCUUCAACCCUGCUAUCGCCCUGCCCUUCAGCACCUACAGCACCUACGCACACGCGCUGAUGCAGCAGCAGGCGGCCCUCAUGGCUGCCAGUCACGGAGGCUACCUGGCGCCCAGCGUGGCCUUUCCAACUACCCAGAUCCACCAGAUGGGGGCGCUCAAUAUCAACAGCCUGCCACCCACCCCCAUGACCCCGGUGUCGGGUGAGUUUCAUCAGACACUGGGCCUCAGCUCACCGCCUGCCAACAUCACCACAUCUGGCGUCCCCAGCAUCGUCACUCCUAUCGUCAACGGCUUUACCAGCAUCCCUCACCAGCCCAACGGACACCCUGCGGUUGAGGCCAUGUACACCAACGGACUGCCCCCUUACUCCACCCAAAGCCCCACAGCUGCGGACACCCUACAACAGGCUUUCACCGGGGUGCAACAAUAUACAGCCAUCUACCCAGCAACCACACUGACCCCUAUUGGCCAAAGCUUGCCUCAGCCUCCACAAGUCAUUCAACAACAGCAGCAGAGAGAAGGUGAGGGACCAGAGGGCUGCAAUCUCUUUAUCUACCACCUACCACAGGAAUUUGGUGACAACGAACUCAUGCAGAUGUUCCUCCCAUUUGGUACGGUCAUCUCCUCCAAGGUCUUCAUGGACAGAGCCACCAACCAGAGCAAAUGUUUUGGCUUCGUGAGCUUCGACAACCCAGCAAGUGCUCAGGCUGCCAUCCAGGCCAUGAACGGCUUUCAGAUCGGCAUGAAGAGGUUGAAAGUGCAGUUAAAACGGCCGAAGGAUGCGAGCCGCCCGUAUUGACAGGGCUCCACCCACACAGGGCUCUCAGCAACAGCACAGGAUUUGAAGAGCGGCAUCGCAGAAGGAAUUGAACUUUUUUUCUUUCAAAACUAACAAGAACAACACGAGUGGAUUUUUUUGAAGACAUAUCAGCAUUUAUUUUAGGAAGAUGGCCGGGAUAGAGGAGGCGGGAUUGCAGGCGAACCGGCACCCGUGGACAAACCACAGUCAGCACAGCGCACGGAAGACAAGUGGAAGAUCUCUCUAAAGACAAGAGAACUCAACAUGUCCCGUCUCUCGCUGAGCUUCGCACCGUCAAGUCAAGCAACGAACAAAAAGAAAAAAAUAAACGAGCGAGAACAACUUUGAUUUCUAUAUACAUAUUAUACACACAUAUGCUAUUUAAAGGAAGAGGCGCUUAUGGCUUUUAUUACACUGGACAAAUGAGGGUUAAACUUGAAGACCAAGAUAAAAUGCAGUGGAAAAAAAGAAGCUCUUCUUGUCCCGCUAGUGGACUUUCUUUCUCUUUUCCUCUUACCUUUUCUUCUGUCACCAUCUUUCCGCAAACGCAGGACAUUCUGUGGUCACAGAGGUUUCCAUGCCCUCAGUGAAACUGAUCAAUCUUUCACCCCAAAGGGACCAAAGGACCAAACAUUUUUAUUCCUCAACAGAAAUAUAUGGUAUUAAUAACAAUACUAAUACUGCAAACUACUACUAACGACAUAAGUUUAAAGAAAGAAAGAAAAAAAAAAAGCAUAAAUAUUCGCUUCAGGUCGGAAGAGGAAAGGGAUUUUUGAUUUCUUUUCCUUUUACAUUUCUAGCUACUGGGUUUCAGAAUAUUUAAACAAAAUAGAAAAACGAAGACAAAAAAAAUAAUAAGUAUUUUAAAAGCUAUACUAUUUUAGUGGAGUAGAAUAGGUGGAUUGGAGAUUGUUAGGAGCAUGUUCAGCCAUGAAGAAAAAAAA